AUGAAAGCAACCGCUACUGUUCUGGGCUUAACGGCCCCGCUUAUUGCUUUUGAUUUACCCCCAGGCUUGGAUCUCGAACAGCCCGCUAUCUCCAUCCGUAUCGCUAUGCGCCCCAAGGAGUGCUUCAAUCUCGCAGCGCCACAAGGCUGGCUUCUUGAAAAAGUAAUGGCACACAUACACAUGGAUUACAUUCUGCCAGUUCAUCUCUACGAUUGGGGUGAGAUGCGGAGAAUUGGUCGUCUAAGGAAUCCUCCUGCAAAAAUUCCAUGUCAAUCAACACUCAAAAUGAUCCGCACCUAG